GAAUCUUGAUGCGGGAGGUGACGGGGGAGAGCCAAAUGGAGCGGAAGGUAAAGUAACGAUCCCCCGUUUCAACUCCGUCUCGCUCUCGCUCGUCUCAUCUCAUCUCCCUUCUCCGAUCGUCAACCCCUCCCCAUUCAUUCUCCCGCAGCCGGCGAUCCCCUCCCCGCCGCGAAAGAUUUUUUGGCUUUCGAGGUGAAAUCUUCCGCAAUAAGGUAGGGAAGAUAAUUGGGUGAGGAUAGAAGAAGCAAUCAUUGACCAAUAAACGCACAUACUUCUAAUACAACAAAAGUUUGUAAUUUGGAGGUCACCAAUGAACAGAUGCUGGGCAAUGGUUGGUGGAAUUUGGAUUCUAGGAGGGGUUUUGUUCCAUAGCGAGGAAAGAGAACAAGAAAUGGAAGCGGAUUAAGAAUUGUUAUAACAGGAGUAUAACAACUACAUUGUGUCUUACAUCAAGAAACAACAGUUGAGUUGGUGGAAAGAGCUUAAUAAAUAGAUCAAGGAGGAAUUCUGGUGACCUUCUUUCAGCUCUUAUCAAGAAAACAUCUCCAGGAUCAUCUCCUUUAGCUGCCAACCUGAUGAUUGUGAAUGACAGAGCUCUUUGACUCGGCGAGGAUGGCAGACACUAAAUACGUAGGUAGAAGAUGGGAGGACAUGGAUACUGAUGUCCUGGUGAAGAUAUUGAAGGAGUUAAACAUGAUUCAACUGGCUCCAGUUUCCCGGGUUUGUCGUUCGUGGCGCAUGGCUUGUUCAGAUCCAUUUAUUUGGAACACCCUUGACCUGGGUCACCUGCAGUCCAACUUUAUCCAGACAACAGCACCGCCAUAUAUAUGGGUGGAUGAAAGGUCUGAUAGAAGGUUGACUCGAAUAUUGAGGAUGGCUAUGGCUCUUAGUUUUGGAAAUGUCACGUACAUGAUCUUUCAUUUUAAUCUAUACAUGAAAGAUGAUCAUCUUAGUUACAUAUCAGAAAGGUCUCCUUAUCUUAGAAGACUAGUUAUGCCGGCUUGGAACCGCAUCACAAAAGUUGGGAUAUGCCAAGCCAUCCGGAGAUGGGAGAAUCUGGAAUCACUUACAAUGCCCGGUAUUCCCCAUCCUCCAUACAUAAUGGAAGAAAUAAGUAGAAGCUGCAAAAAUUUCUCACAGCUUAAGGUUAUGGGUACAUUUGAUGUGAACUGUGCAUUUGCUAUCACGGUGAACCUUCCAAAGCUGAAAGUAUUAAGCCUGCGAUGCUCUAUAAUCACAAAGCAAGCCUUGCUGCUUAUCUUGGACUCCAUGGAUAGUCUGGAGGUGCUCAAUAUAUCUCACUGCCUUUUGCUUGAAACCCUUCGGAGACCGGUUCACUCAGAACUAGACCAAGCCAUCCUUAACAAGGGUUCACGGAUACGCGAAUUCUUCCAUUGCCAGAGCAACUCAUGCACUACAUGCAAGAGGAUGAUCAAAGAUGAAGGUCUGAUGCGGUGGUACCGGUACGAGGAUUGGUUCUGGCGUCGCGAUGAGGUUAGCUCUCUUGAUCUCGGGGACUACGGAAAGUUGUUCGAUGAAAACUGUGUGAACAGAUUGACUGCUUCAUAGUGACAGUAUUUUUGAAGAAUACACAUGCUUAUUUAUCGGAAGAUUUUCAGAUAUGUGCAUUAUUGUUUUAACAAAACAAUAAUGGAUUGGCAGACAAUCAAUUACAGUGUUCUACAUCUCUGUCUUUAAAGAAUGCUAUGAUGAACAGAGAGACUUCAUCAGCUUUUACAUCAAAAUAAUGAAUCAAAAAGCCUAGUAUCAGAGAAAAGUCUGCCUAGGUACUUGUUCUGUUGUAUAAAAACUAGUUCCAAUGAAUGCCUGUUGCUAAAUGUAUAGAACUGCAUUGGAGUUUGCAGUCCAAGCUUUAGAUGAGAUAGAUAGAAGAAUACACUGCAAAUUGUUCUUGAUGUUUAAGAUGCAUCAUCACUUGAAGGAUUCACUGCCCAAAUGCAAGGGUGAUUCUACAA